CGCAUAUCGAGGACGCAAUUGAGGCCUGGAAUGAUGUGUGCGCUGCCCUAGAAGCCUAUAUUUGGAUCUUUGUCUAAUAGGAUGUCCUUGCUUGUUGAAGGCUUUUUUUGACAAGUCAUCUACGAUCCGUCGAUUUGCUCGCUAGCUCAACCUUGACUCUGGCUCGACGAUGGCCUCACCAGCUCCCGUUCCGCACGUUCCCGCAUGGAAAAGGCUGGGAUUGAAGCUAAGAUUUGCAAAAGAACUACCUACUCAACCUGAUGCCGAUGACGGAAACCUUUCUAGUACGAUUGACAAUAACGAAACCGGGCUGGAGAAUCAUAUAAGGAAGAGGAAGUUGACUCCGGAACGGGAUAUCAGUUCAAAGAAGCAGAAACACGAAGACAAAUUAAGCGAAAAUGAAACCCCGAAUUUAGGAUUCUCUGACAAAAAAGACCAAAGGAAAAACAAGAAGUCUGCAUCAGGCGCAGAAGAGGCCUCUGAAGUUCAGAGACAGAAACCGUCGGAGUCAAAAGGCUCGGCAAGGAAGUCGGUGUCAUUCGCAGAAGGGACAAAGAAAGCAGAUGGCUCCCCAGAGCUGGAGCCCGAAUCCGAGUCCGAGCAAGCCCCGCUCACAUCAGACCAGAAAAGGGCAGAAAAACGGCAGAAAAGAGAGCAACGUUCAAAGAAUCACUCGGCUCAGAAUUCCAAUCCUAAAACCCCGUCCGCACCAUCAGACCGAAUCUUAGACUACCUUACUACCUACUAUAGCUCACGAUCAGAGUGGAAGUUCCAGAAAAACCGAGAAACGGUCAUUCUUAAAAAUGCUUUGUCCGUGGAUCGAAUACCAGGCAGCUAUAACCCGGCUUUAAGUACAUAUCUCACCAGUUUAAAAAGCGCUGCAGCAAAAUCUCGGGUCGCACAAUCGGCCCUGGAGGCAAUUGAGGCGGAUGAGAAAAUCAAUGAGGAACAUAAUACAGAGUAUACGCAGGCCAUUACAUUACUCAGAGCACAAUUGGCUGAAUUGGGCCAAAAUAUCCCCGAAGCCGAAGCCGAUGCCCAGCAAGGUUCUUUAAAUGAUGAUCAGCUCAAGAGAUUUGCGAGGAGAAAACGAGCAGAACUGGUCUAUUUUGCAGUAUCUGGUCAGAUUGCCAAAGAAACAAAGCCGUCUGUAUCGAAGGAAGAGGCGAAGCCGAGCGUAAAACGCAAACGAAAGACAAGAACUGCAAUGGUGGAAGAAGACUACACAAGCAGCAGUAGUGACAGCGACAACGACAGCGAAAGCAGUAGCGAAAGUGAAAACGAUGGAAGCGAUUCCUCGAGCUCUGAUACCAACCAGAAAGGGCUGCAGAAAAGCGAAAUUCUAUCCAGCUGGCCUCCAAGUGUGUCCGGUUCAUCUUCAUCUGAGCUGAGUUCGGAUUCCGAUACUACUUCUUCAGGUUCGGAUUCGGAUUCGGAUUCUGAUGUCACUUCAAAUUCAAGCUCAGAUUCUGAUUGAUAACUGACGAAGUGAUGCCAUUGAUGAUCCGGAUGAAACGUGAUAAUUGAGUGCUGCAAUAUAAUAUCCAUACAUUGCUGGUGUUUAGACUUAGACAUUCGCCCUCUCCAUAGGUAUGAAAAGAUACCCAGAUUGAUAUUGGGGCUGCAUUUAAAUAGUGAAUCACAUUGCAUAUCAAAAACACAUCAAGUUCCAUUAUCAUAACUAUCGUAUGAACGUGAAUAUUCGCCAGCACUAGGGUAUCUGAGGCAUCCGUCUCCCAUCUUUAAGCAAUAGCCUUGACUAUCAAGCCGUCGCCCCUUCUUUCCCCUUCUCCUUCUCCUUCUCCUUCUCGUCCCUCCUCUCCACUGACUCCGCGCCAGCCCUUCUCCUCUCCCUGUCUUUCCCCGACCCUCCCCCACCACCCCUUCGCCUUCGAACAACCUGGUACACAUCGUUGAAAUUCAUAACCACCCCCAAGAACCUCAUAUCCACAUCAGGCUGAUACGCCAAAUCGCUCAGGAGCGUAAUUAGUCUCGCCCUAAAUUCCGCUGAUAAGUCACUCAGUCGUGAGCGCAAAGAGGGCAGCAAAUAAUCUUCUCCUAUCAGGCCAGAGCUGAAAAAGGGAGAUGCCGUGUCCGCUAGGGGUGUGCCGUCCGUCGAGGAACGGAGUAUGCCACCGUUAUCGAGGGGUGAGUGGACAGUUUGCGAUCCAGAACCCGUUCCGGGUCGCCGAAGGAUAGAUCCAGACCGGCUAUGUUGGUUCGAAUGGAAGUCUCUUUCUGUCACGCCCCAUUGGCCUUGGGCGGUCCGGGUUUCAAUUUUUGCGUUAAAUUCUUGCCGCCGCGUGAACUCUGCGACAGAGAAGGAGUAUAAUCCGUCCACGGCGUCUUUAUAUGCAAGCAUGAUUUUGAGAAUUUGAUGAAGUUGAGCUAGAAACGAUUCUUCGCCUCGAUUACUCGAAGAACUGCCGCGGGAGGAUGAUGAGCCGAGGAGGCCCUUGUGGGUAAUAGAGUUGAGAUAUUUGGUAUGUGCUUCGAUGAGAUCGUCUAACGUACAUUCCGGCUUCGACAUUGCGACUUGCAAUUGGUCCCAACUGGCUUCGAUCACUUCGAAGAGUAUGUAGUAUUGAAGCUGGCAUAUAAAGUGUAUCAUCUCGGCGAUAACACAGCGAGCUCGUUUCCAGUCAGGGCCAACUUUAUCUUCCACGCUCCCUAAAACUCCUCUUGCGCCUGUCA